UUUACCAUUUUCUUUACUGAAAACCCUAAAUUUUCACUCUCCAUUGAAAACCCUAACUUUUGGAAGACAAGAAAGAAGAGAGAAAGAAGGGGGAGAGCCACCGUUCUUAGAGAGAAAGAAGAGAAGAGAAAAAUGCAGGUUUUUUUUCAUCUUGCCCAGAUUACAUCAAAGGUCUGAUCCCACUUCAUCCGUGGUCUGAUCGAGCUAAAAUUUGGAGGAAAGUUUCAUGACUCAUUCAUCUUCAAUCUGAACGGUGAGGAUCGGAUUUGGAGUUUUGGAAAGUCAUUAGAAAGAAAGAGGAGAAGAGAGAAAAACACAGGUUUUUCUCAUCAUACCCAGAUUUCAUCAAAUGUCCGAUCUCGCUUCGUUCGUGGUCGGAUCGAGUUGAAAUUUGGAGGAGAGGUUCGUGGCUCAUGUAUCUUCAAUAUGAACGGUGGAGAUUGGAUUUGGAGUUUCGGACAGUCAUUAGAGAGAAAGAGGAGAAGAGAGAAAAACGCAGGUCUUUUACAUCAUGCCCAGAUUUCAUCAAAGGUUCUGUUGGAGGGUGGCAAGGACAUGGACAUCACUGGCCAUACAAUACAAUGCCCGACCUCGUCCAUGUAUCCAGAGAGAAAAGGCCCGGUUCACCCCACCAUUUCAAGGCUGGUGCCCUUAAUGUCCUGAUUCGAGUAUCGGCCACCAUGACCAAUGCCCCAGUAGUCCUGACUCUCGACAGCGACAUGCACUCAAAUGAUCCACAAACACUACUUCGCGCACUGUGUUAUCUCUUGGACCCUGAUAUGGAUCCAAAUCUCGGGUUCGUUCAGUUUCCUCAAACCUUCCAUGGGAUCAACAAGAAUGAUAUUUAAGGUGGCGAGUGUAGACAUGUGUAUCGAAUUCAUACCAUUGGAAUGGAUGGCCUAGCAGGUCCUAUACAUGUAGGGACUGGAUGUUUUUUCUGGGCGAGAAGUCUUCUCCGGUGGCCCAUCCAGACCCCCGGACUGAGCUCAGACCAUCCAGACCCCACAAAAAGCUUCUUAAUUUUGAAAUCAAUCAGCUUUCAAGCAUACCCAAAACCUUUUUAUUAUAAUUUUUUCCAAGCCAAACAAUCCAUUGGAGGAAUG